CAUAACAGAUGGUGGCAACAACAUAGCAUCCAGAGGCUCACCACAACAAAAGACGACGCUGGCUCGGCUCACCCAUGUCUCCAGCCCGCAGCUGCGUCAGGCUGUGAGUGCCGUCGUGAUUGAUUUCACGCGGUACCACGAGCACGGCCACGGAGACGAAACCUGCUUCUGCUUCUUGCGACUGUUUGGGCUCUCCAUCGAGUGGGGAAGGAAGAUGGCCGCUAUGAAAAUGUUAACCAGCGCGGGGCUCUUCUUGGCUCUGUGCGCGCUGGGGCUGCUCGCCAUGGCGAUCUGCACCGACUAUUGGUACGAGACAGACGCCAGGAGACACCGGGAGAGAUGUAAGAACUAUGCCAACAAGCGAUACGACCCGGGAUACAUCUACAUCUCCAACCCCAACCUCCCCCUCAAGAUGCCCCCAAAGAGCGCGCUGGAGAGGAAAGGACCAGGCCCAGAUGUGGCUCCUCUGCGCAGGGUUAAGCGCCACUUUGUGCCAGCAGCAUCCGCCAUGGAGUCUCACUGCAGCCGACAGUUUAACUCCACCAUCUCGGGUCUGUGGAGAAAGUGUCACAGGGAAGGCUUCGACCUGGAGACGGAAGACCUCAUCUACAAAGGAAUUAUUCAAAGAUGUACUCCAGUCAAAUAUCACUACACUUCGUCCAUCCUCCCGAGAAAUUUACCCGUCAACAUCACUAAGACCAUUCGGCAGGACGAGUGGCACGCGCUCCACCUGAGGAGGAUGACCGCGGGCUUCGUGGGCAUGGCGGUGUCCAUCAUCCUGUUUGGCUGGAUCAUUGGAGUGCUGGGCUGCUGCCAGCAGCAUGACCUCAUGCAAUAUGUAGCUGGGCUACUCUUUCUCAUGGGAGGAACAUGCUGUAUCAUCUCCCUCUGCACAUGCGUGGCAGGAAUCAACUUUGAAUUGUCGCGCUACCCCCGCUACAUGUAUGGCCUUCCCGAGGACAUAAGCCAUGGCUAUGGCUGGUCCAUGUUUUGUGCCUGGGGGGGUCUGGGCCUCACGUUGCUGGCUGGCUUCCUCUGUACCUUGGCCCCCUCCCUAAGCACGCCCGCUCGCACAACGCCCCAUAAGCCAAGGCAGGAGAACGGCACCGUGUGACAGGACGGUGCCGUGACUGACCCCUGAACGCACAAACUCCACCCGGACCCCCAACGUGUAACUCAAGUGUCUCAUCACUGUCUGCACCACCUCAUCCCUCAGUGCUCAGUGUGCCUGACAGAGGAGCUCUGACCCCCCGGGACAGGGCUGUCAUAGCACAGGACUGCAGCGGACACGGUAACUGUCCAAGAAGAGUAUGUCUUAAAAUGGUGCUGUAUUUCAUAUGCCACACACACUCGCACACACUGCAUAUAUAAACAUACACUAUUCUAUGGAGGAUCAGGGAGUAAUCCUCUGAACCAGAGACGUGACGCAGGCCAAAGCUUUCUGUCAGCAUUCCUCUCUCAGUCAAGUGCUGUGUGCCGUGUUACUGUUCAUGAUGAAAAAAUCGUGUGGCGUCGGCCAUCGCUUCUCUUUCGUGUAGCAUACAUGGAUAUGGGUGAAUGUGUGCGGCCGCAGCAGAGCACUGAGAGGAUCAGAGUGGACAGGCCUCAGUAUGUACAGACACAUCUCCAUGUAGACCACAUCAAUGUUCGUGUACAGUAGACUUUGAGUAAGAGUGUGUGUGUGAGUGUGCAGUGGAAAGAGACUUUUAUGACAGUGUUACAGUGCCAGUCUAGGAUCCACAAAUCUCAAGAUGUUUCUGAACCAAAUGAACAGAAGGCAUUCAGUCACAAUCAGAAGAGCCAUGACUGCCUCAAUCUGACUCAAACACAUGUGGACUGCUCUGUGGGAAAGCCUCAGUGAAUACCUCAGAACUCUACAAACGACUUUAGAAACAUAGUAAUAAUAGUAUUAAGUGUCGAUGUGCCCACUUAAAACGAAAGCACAAACCACAUCCAAACCUUUACAUGCACAGAGUCACUAUCAGCCUCUGCACAGUAUCAGAGGCGCAGAGAGUAAAGGCAGACGUUUGGUGCGGAGGGUUAACGCGCUCACUCAGUUCUCUUAUAGUUAGGCUAGGUUCAGCUUGUAGCAUGUGUCCAGGUGUUUAUUAGCGAUCAGUAUACUUAAAAACCUAAACAUGCAGGGCUCUGUCUGCAAUUUGGCAUCAGAAAAAGAUGACUAGACAAAAACAAAAAAGACUUUCCUGUAAUAACGGAAACGAACUUUUAUAUCGUCUUGUGUUUACAUCGCAAAAUAUACUGAAGCGACUAUGAUUUGUCUAACGGUUUGAACAGAAACUAGUGAUGUUCAACGCAAAAAGCACAACCGAAUGAGCCGAGCGAGACGGGGGAAUAAUGUGAAAUUUACUUUUAAUGUGUUUAAGCUGAUGAGAGGGUUUUAUUUCCGCAGUGACGUGAACAAACCGGCGAUGAGGUGGAGAACAUUUGUAGACAAAAGUCAUUAAACGAGGCUCCUCAUAGUUAAGAGAAUAACAAAGGAUUCAUGAUUUAAAGCAGUUUGUUCUGUGUCUUGUUGGACCUCGGCACUUUGCUUGGGGUAAAAACUAAAUCUGAGCGCUGGUAAUGUAUUAAAAAAACAAAAAAAAACAGGAAAAGCCACAUGUGGAGAGGUGAGAGGAGCAGAGCAUGUCAUAAGCACACUAUUUGUGACGUUUACAAAAGAGUUUGGGUUUAAUAAUCUUGUGCGUUUAGGGUCAGUCAGUUCAUGCUCUUAGUGUGAUGAUAUUAUGCCAGUUAUAUGGACAUAAAUGAAAAUACAGCUGCCAUAGAAAUAACAUUGUUUUAUAUCUAUGGUCACUUCACAUGGACGCUUGAGUCGCUGUAUUUUUCAGAUGUCCGACAUUUCACAUAAUGCAAUGCUGUUUGGUGUUUUGGUUUUUAUAACGAUUUAAGUUCACACUCAAAACUGAUUAACAGUAAUAGAAGUAUUACUCUAAGAAGUAAACUGUAAGUAAAAGUACAUUGUGCAAGUAAAAUGUGUUGUUGAGACUUAAAGCACAAUUGCACAGGUCAGUGUUUUUGUGUAUUAUUAUUUUUUUAAUCCGAUUUUUUUCCAGAUACAAACAAAUAUUACAUGUAUUGACAAAAAGAUACUAAAAGCACACACGUCCCGGUUACUUUUAACAGGCAAGACGGAGAGAAUGCAUAAGACGGCACGAAUGAACAGUGUUGGUAAAUCGUGUUUAAAAGUAAAAAUAGUAGCACACAGUGUAAACUAUGAAUAAUUUUCUGAAAAAAGCAGUCAGCAGUUUUAAUUUAAAUAAUUGUUAAGUAAUCAGGUCUAAAAAGAAGCUUCCUAAAACCUCUAAAUCUGAGAAAUGUGUUGCGAAAUGACACACUGCUAAUCGAGUCACUAUUCAAAGAGGCUGUUGUUUUAGUAGCACAACUAUUUUCUAACUUAUUUGUACCAGACAGUGCAG